AUGUCUCCUUAUUUGUUCACCAUGGUUAUGGAAGUUUUAACUUUACUUCUUCGAAAAGCGGCUGAUUCGGAACCGUCUUUUAGAUUCCAUAACAAGUGCGAAAAACAGAUGAUUAUUAAUGUUUGCUUUGCAGAUGAUCUGCUUAUUUUUGCAAGGGGUGAUACUCAAUCGGCGAGGGUUAUCAUGGACUCUUUGAUGAAUUUUAAGGAUGUUUCUGGGCUUGCUCCAAGUAAUUCUAAAAGUUCUGCGUUUUUUUGCAACGUUUCUAGUAGCAUUAAAUCCAGAAUCAUGGAGUUUGUUCCUUUUGAGGAGGGUAAGUUGCCGAUUAAAUAUCUUGGGGUUCCUCUUUUGGCGUCUCGGCUUCUUGUGAAAGAUUGUAAAGUUCUUGUGGAAAGAAUGGAUAAGAGGAUCAUGGAUUGGAAAAAUAAGUUCCUGUCGUUUGCUGGUAGGCUUCAGCUGGUCAUUUCGGUCCUGUCUUCUAUCCAUGCGUAUUGGGCUUCGGUUUUCUUGUUACCAUCGAGUAUUAUUAAGGAGCUGGAGAAUAAAAUGAAGUGGUUCUUAUGGGGUUAUGGUACGGCCGCUAAAGGUAGAGCAAAAGUUGCCUGGAAAGAGGUAUGUCUUCCUAAGUCUGAAGGGGGGCUAGGCAUUAGACGUAUUCUUGAUGUUAAUCGAUCUCUUAUGACGUACCACAUCUAUAGUAUUCUUUCGGAAAGGAAAUCCCUUUGGACUAAGUGGGUCUUGAUUCAUAGGUUAAAAAAUCGUAGCAUCUGGGACGUUCCUAUCCAAAGUAAUUCGCCAUGGGGUUGGAAGAAAUUACUGAAGUUUAGACAUGUCGUUAGGCCUUUUUUCUGGUCCAAGAUUGGUAAUGGUGAAUCAAAUCCUUAUGGUAUGAUAAGUGGUGUAGUCUUUGUCCGCUGA